GGUCGAGUUGGGUCCACAGGUGUAGAUGUCGAGAUUCAGCGUCUGCUGGGAAGCCAGUGUGGUCGGGGUGGGUACGUUUUGGAUCAUGUUAGCACACUCAUCCAUCGGACUGACACUACCGUCGCCGGUGGCUGCACCCGGAUUCACUGGGAAGUAGUAACAGCCAUUACCACCGGUGUUGUACAUGCACUCGGCGUUGUUCUGGUUGAUGCGUGCAACAGUAUACAUCUUGAUGGUCGGGACGUAGACGCAGGACCAUGGUGUUGUCGAGUGGGUCUUGUUGUACUGGUAGAGUCCAAAUCCUCCGCCUGUGGUCAGGAGCGACGAGCAGACGCAACACAGCGCUAUAACCGCCACUGAUGAUCCAGAUUUGACUUGACAUUGGUCUGCUGCGAAGGGUGUGUCAGAAAAAACGCUGUAAGGGUUUCAUCCUCGGCAUAUGCAAUAGCACCCGAUGGACUCGCCGCGUAGCAUCGCCCUGCAGACCCUCCAGGCAAAGACGCCCGACCACGCCGAGGUCUUGGAAGAGAGCAUCUAUCGCUAUGCCACCACAACCUACAAGGGCGUGUGCAGCUGGAUCAACCCGCAGUUCCGAGACGUAUACAAAUCCCGCGCCAUCAUGAUGCUGUCGAACCUGGAGGCCAUCGUCGGCUUGCUCGACUCGGGCGCUAUUCAAGAUCCUUCCCGGCUGGAUGAUCUGACACACCAGAACCUUCGUCCAGACGCUUGGCUGGCACAAGACCAGGGGGUCACCGGCACGACGGCGGCAGCAGCGGCAAACGGCAAGUCCGGAGGAGCCGACGGACAGAUGAAAUGCACCGACUGUGCUCGCAUGGGCAGAGACUCGUAUAACACCGAGUUCAUCCUGGCCCAGCAUCGCUCUUCGGACGAGGCCAGCACCAUAUACGCCCACUGUCUGACCUGUGACAAGCGGUGGAAGAUUAAUAAUUAAUAUAGCUAUUUAUAGAAA